AUGGAGCAGCCUCAGCAGAGGAGAAGUGUACAUGAGAUCCGCUUGUACGGUUUGCACAGUAGUAUCACACCUGAUAGCUUGAGCACUUUCUUCUCCAAUGGAGGUAAAUUUCUCCCCUCCCUUUCAAUUCUUCUCGCACUUACACCAGUCCGCGUUCUUGGCGUCAAAUGCCAUCCUAAUCCUCCACCUCAAGAACUCCAGUGGGCACAAAUCUGGGUGGGGACCGAAGAAGACCUUGAGCUUUGUCUCAGGCUCCAAAGCACCUUGGCCGACAGCGGAAUCAUCCUUACGAAAGCUCCCGCAGAGCCAAUGCUUAACACCCCCAAUCCUGUCCUAUCUGGCUCUCUACCCCCGGCAUUCCCCUUGACUCCUCCAUCUUUAUCUCACUUUUCUUCCGCUUCCGCCGAUGCUCUCGAUCGCCAGAUGCUGCAGCAUGGCCCGUUACCUCGUAACCUAUAUGUUAUGGGUCUUCCACUCGACCUCACUCAGAACCUCUUCAGCUCCAAUGGCAUGGUAGAGCACUCGGCGCUCCUUUCUCAACUCGAUGGUCUGGGACGUAGGAGGGGCUUUGUGCUCAUGUCCACGCACGCCGAGGCUAAUGCAGCCAUGAAUGCGAUGCAUGGCAGAAUGAUAGAUGGAUUCAAGAUUGACGUUUCGUGGGCAUUGGUUCAGAGGGAAGCUAAGCAUUUCACUUCCAGCCCGUACGGUUCGAUGUCAAAUCGCGUUGUGCAUCCGCCAAGCACGCCCAUCCGCCGAGAACCGGCCGUAGACUGCUCUGUGGUAGUGGAAAAUCUGGUGAGGUAUUGUAAACAAUUCAACACUUUACUGACCGUUCAGGAUCGCACAUACUUCCCCUCCGCCAAUUGCAUCCGUGAAAUCUUCGCCAAUUUCGGACCCAUAGCUCGUGUCACUAUCCUUCCCACCGACAAUCUCGAAGUCAUCAUCCAGUUUGAACAUCCCGUAUCGGCCGCUGCUCUUCUCAACGCCAAUGGUCUAUCCCUCGGUGGACGCUCACUCGUGACCCGUCGCUUCAUUCCAACUCCUCACUCCAUGAGUCAACUCCAGCCUCAAAUCCCAACACCCCCUCAGACAGCCCCUCGAGCUCAUUUCGACCCCUUUGCACACGAAAGUGAUUCAAACAUUUUUCAGCGAGAGCGUGGAAUUCUCAGCUUGCUCAACGCCAACUCGGAACCUUUUGUACCUCCUUCCAGGAUGGGAACUCGAGCACCUACGCAGGAGAGUGAUAGUCCUAGCAUGGACGAUUUAGGUUCGAGUCAAAGUGGACAGGCGAGUAGUAGUUCAAAGAGCAAAAAAUCACACGAGAUGAGAAGUGCACCCACUGGGCUAGAGAACAGCAGGGGGCGUGACUUCUGGCACAAGUCUACACCAUGGUGUGAGUGUGCUCAACUGAGCGAGCUGACUGAAGCUAGAAUGCACUAA